AUGAACACGCCUCGCACAGGCGAGAGCAUGCGCGAGUAUGAGAAUCGGCGGCUGUCGGCGCGGCGGCAGAAGAUGGUUUAUUCCGUGGCGGUGCAAGUGGCUGUGGGGGCAGAUGGGCUGAUUUUGGAUGUGUCCGCUGGGCCUGGGUCGCUCACUGAUAGUGACGUGCUGUUGCAGUCCCAGCUCAUAGCUGCUCUCGCUGGCGAGGCAGCAGCAGCAGCAGCACCGCAUUCGUCUGUAAACCUAGCGGAUCUACCUACCGAGUUGCUGGUGCGGCGCAAGGGCAGCAUUCCCAUACCUGACAACAUUGAGCAGCUACAGAGGGCACUAGAUGGCAUGCGAGAUGAUGCGGGGCGCGGACGAGUGGGAGAGGCACGGCCGAGGAAACGGGGCCGGCCGCCUCUGCAUGCGAGAAGGGUGAUUCGGGAGGAGAGCAGGAGCUGGUGGGCGGGCGAGAGGGAGAGGAGGGUGGAGAUGGAGAGAGUGGGCGCUGCGGCACUGGAUGGGGAGGGUGGGAGUGGGGGGGGUUCUUUGGGAGGGGAUUUCGGGACAGGCAGAGGCAGGGGUAGGGGAGUGGGGAGGGGUGGGAGUGGGGGAAUAGGGAGAAGUGAGUUUGUGGAAGGGGAAUUUGAGGGGAAUGAUGUUGCUGACAAGGGUGGUAGCGCUGGCAGAAGUGGCGGUGGUGGCGGUGGUGCUGGCAGUGGUGGUGGUGACGGCGGUGGUAAACGGCUGACUAUAUUGGAGAGGCUGGGGAGGGAGAGCAUGUUACCUGGUGAUCAGCUACAGUAUAAUCAAGGGGUUGAAAGGGCGGUGGCAGUGGCGCGCAAUGCAGUGCGCCGGCUGCGGAGCAGAUGGAAACUUUUAAGUAAGCGCGCUGAAACUAAAGUGGAGGAAUUGCCGGAGAUUGUGGGGGCGUGUUGUGUGCUGCAUAACCUGUGUGAAAAGCGGGGGGAGCGGUAUGACGUGGCGUGGGAGGAGGGCGUGGGGAAUGAGGAGGAGGACGCUGACGAGGCAGCCAAAUCAGCUGCUGAGUUGGCGGAGGAGGAGGAGGUGAGACGAGCAAGCAAGAGAGCGAGGAUGGGAGGGGAUCGGGGUGGGGGACAGGCAGAAGCCGCUGUGGGGCCUGGAGAAAGGAGUAGAUUGAGAGUGGUGGAGGAGAUGGGGCGAAGGAAGUGUGGGGGAACGGUUUCCCCCCUCCCCCAUGCGCUCUUCGUCGCACAACCCCGUCACUGCUACGUGAGAAUCUCUGCUCGUCUUUCAGUAUCACCACGUUCCCUUCCCCCACCUGACCUUCCCCUUCCCCCCGCGUCCCUCUCCCCCCUUCCCCCACAACGCGCGUCUCACCCCGUACCGGAGGAGUCCUGUGUGGAGCUAUUGGAGGUCUUACCCGACGGUGCGCUCUCAUCAGUCCGUCCCCUCCUCCCACGUCUGCAGUACGUGGGGAGGGACAUGCUAGCAGUGCUGUCGGAUUUGGACAAGCUCUCCAUUCCAUGCCUCCUACCCAUGCCUCCUACCCAUGCCUCCUACCCAUGCCUCCUACCCAUGCCUCCUACCCAUGCCCUCCCUCCCCGCCGUGCGCAGUACGCGGGGAGGGACAUGCUAGCAGUGCUGUCGGAUUCGGGAAAGCUCUCCAUCCUGGCUUUCGAUCCCGAUCUCAACAGAUUCGUUGCCCUGCGACACGUGGCGCUUUCCGACAGGCCGCGGCCGCUGCAGUCCUUUGCGCCUCGAGAGCUUGGGCGGUUGCUGGCCGUACACCCAUUAGGCAGGGCGGUGGCAGUGGCGGCAAUGGAGGGGCGAGUGGCGGUGCUGCCGGUGCUGCACUCCCACACGUGCGACAGGCUCAUUGCCAAGGUGGGACGGGCAUGGCAAGGCACGCAGUAG